GAUACGGAAGUGCGUGGAAACAGUAGCGAUCGAGUCGAGCCCAGUGUCUGGAGAGGAUGGCGGCGGCGGCGGCGAUCUCAGAAUUGGAUCCAAGUAAAGACGCGGCGGCGGCGGUGGUGGAAGAGAUCGUGAGAUUGGAGAGGAAGAUUUUCCCUAAGCACGAAUCACUUUCCAAAUCCUUCCACGAUGAGUUGAGGAAGAAGAACAGCGGAGUCAUGUACCUGAAGACCAACAAAGGAAAAGAAGGAGAAGAAGAGAUCGUUGGGUAUGUCAUGUACUCCUGGAUCUCCUCCCUGUGCGCUUCAAUCACCAAACUUGCCGUGAAGGAGAGUCACAGAAGGCAGGGUCAUGGAGAAGCUUUACUGAAAGCAGCAAUCCAAAGGUGUAGAACGAGAAAAAUUCAGAGGAUUUGCCUUCAUGUCGAUCCUACAAGAAUUGCUGCUCUUUCCCUUUACAGAAAGCUUGGCUUUCAGAUCGACGAAUUGAUUCGACAUUACUAUUCUCCAGGGAGAAAUGCUUACAGAAUGUAUUUGGAGUUUGAUGAAUAGUUUUUGAGAUACAGUUUGAGUUGGCUGUGAUUGGGUUCUUUCUAGAAACUGUUGUUCCGUUGGUCCAGUACCUGAUUUAGAGCAAUUAAUGAAGAACUUAGGAUUUCUCGGGUUAA